AUGGUCUACCACGCGAGUGCCGCGCGGCUCUCGCUCGCCUUGAGCCUUUUCGCUUCACCUGCCCUUGCUCGUAGUGUUGGCCCAAGGGAUCCGGUCCCCGAGGGAUACCAUGCUGCCCCUUACUAUCCUACGCCACAUGGAGGCUGGCUUGAUUCAUGGCAGGAUGCAUACACCAAGGCCCAGGAUUUGGUGUCGCAGAUGACCCUGGCUGAGAAAGUAAACAUCACGUCUGGGGUCGGGAUUUAUAUGGGUUGCCAUGGGCAAGGAAUUCCGGGGCAAGGGAGCCAACGUCCACCUUGGCCCGUCAGUUGGCCCAUUGGGACGGAAACCCCUGGGCCGGGCCGUAACUGGGAGGGAUUCGGUUCCGACCCGGUGCUUCAGGCGAAGGCCGCCGCCCAGCAUAUCAAGGGCAUCCAGGAGCAGGGUGUCAUCGCCACGAUCAAGCACUACAUUGGCAACGAACAGGAGAUGUUCCGCAUGUACAACCCAUUCCAACCGGGGUACAGCGCCAACAUUGACGACCGGACUCUUCACGAGCUGUACCUGUGGCCGUUCGCCGAGGCUGUGCACGCCGGCGUUGGUGCUGUGAUGACGGCAUACAAUGCUGUGAACGGUUCUGCUUGCUCCCAACACAGCCACCUCGUCAACGGCAUCCUCAAGGACGAACUUGGAUUUCAGGGCAUGGUGAUGUCCGACUGGCUGAGCCACAUCUCGGGUGUGGAUUCGGCCUUGGCCGGUCUCGAUAUGAACAUGCCAGGCGACACCAACAUCCCGCUUUUUGGUUUUAGCUUGUGGCAGUAUGAGCUGACUCGGUCUGUGUUGAACGGUUCCGUGCCCGUGGACAGGCUAAACGACAUGGCUACCCGAGUUGUGGCCUCUUGGUACAAGAUGAAGCAGGAUAAAGACCACCCACGACCCAACUUCUCGUCUAACACGCGAGACCGGAAACGGGCUUUUGUAUCCGGCGGCUGUCUUCUCCCCUAUCGGGCAGGUCAAUUGGGCCGAAUGCUUGCCUCAACAGAGCGUGCAACACGGGCACACUUGGCAUGGGCUGGGGGUCUGGUGUGGCGGAUUACCCCUAUUUCGAUGACCCCAUCUCGGCCAUCAGAAGGAGAGUCCCGGACGUCAAGUUCCACAACUCGGACAACUUUCCCUCUCAUCAUUGAUACGCCCGCCGCGGACGACAUUGCGGUGGUCUUCAUCAGCUCCGACGCAGGAGAAAACAGCUUCACCGUCGAGAACAACCACGGAGAUCGCGACUCGGACAAGCUGGCGGCCUGGCACGGCGGCGACAAGCUCGUGCAAAAAGCCGCCGAGAAAUUCAAGAACGUCGUAGUUGUCGUGCACACUGUCGGCCCUCUCAUCCUCGAGUCCUGGAUCGACCACCCCUCCGUCAAAGCCGUCCUCUUCGCCCACCUCCCCGGCCAAGAAGCAGGCGAGUCCCUCACCAACAUCCUCUUCGGCGACGUCUCUCCCAGCGGCCACCUCCCCUACUCCAUCACCAAAUCCGCCACCGACGUCCCCGACAGCAUCGCCAACCUCAAAGGCUUCGCCUUCGGCCAAGUCCAGGACACCUACUCGGAGAGCCUCUACAUCGACUACCGCUCCAUGCACUACCAAUCCAUGCAACCGCGCUUCGUCUUCGGGCCACGGCCUCAGCACGAGGCCGACGCCGCGCGCGCCGUCGGCGCCGAGGGCAAGAAGAAGUACGCGUACCCGGCGGGGUACUCGACGGAACAGCGGCCGGGGCCGGCCGCGGGCGGCGGCGAGGGCGGAAACCCCGCGCUGUGGGACGUGGUGUGGGAGGUGGGCGUGACGGUGACGAACGUGGGGGGGGAGUUUGCGGGGAGGGCGUCGGUGCAGGGGUAUGUGGAGUAUCCCGAGGGGGGCGUGUAUGAGACGCCGAAGGUGCAGUUGAGGGAUUUUGAGAAGACGGCGGUGUUGAGGCCUGGGGAGAGUGAGAGGGUGGUGUUAAGGCUGACGAGGAAGGAUGUGAGUGUGUGGGAUGUGGAGCUGCAGAAUUGGGUGGCGCCGGGGGCGGAGGAGUUGGGGGGUGGGAGGUAUACGGUGUGGAUUGGGGAGGGGAGUGAUAAGUUGUUUUUGGCGUGCUAUACGGAUAGUGGGAAGUGUGAGGGUGGAUUGGAGCCGCCGGUUUGA